CUAAGUCCUAGAUUGUAGAUCUAGAUCUAAAUUAAUUUUGUUUGAUUGUUUUUGGCAUUGCUUUGAGUCUUGACAAUUGAAUUUUUAAAUUUCUUUGACUUUCACUUUGACAGUAUAAUUAAUUAUAACACACCUACAAUACAUCAUAAUACAAAUACUACAUAUUUAUUAUAGCUUCUAAUUCUUCUAAGCUUUGGUAUCUAUCGUAUAGUUUGUAGGCCUAUGUUAUAAGAUAAAAAAAGUAUGGUCAUUUCUGCUUUUAGCAUCAGCAUUUACCCCCCUCCUUUUUUCCCCAGGUGUAUGUUGUCGCCUAAAAAAUUACCUAUCUAUUCUAGAUCUAGAUAAAGAUAACAGACAAGAAAAUAUAUUUUUUUAUUUUUUAAAUUUCUACUUACUUUUAUACUUGUGGCGUCAUCAUGCAGCCAAGGCCACCUAGCUCUAGUACAGGAACACCUUCAAGUAAUCGUCCUUUUUCCUCUUCUAGAGCUAGAUCUGCAUUGAGAAAAUCUGUAGAUUUAUAUGAACCACCACCAUCUCCACAGCAAGUAAAUGACUCAUCAAUAGCUCGUCCAACUUCUUCAUUUUCAAAAUAUAGACCUCUUCCAGCUAUAGGAAGUCCAUCGCCAACAGAAUUGGAAGAAAAAUUACAAGUUAAACAGCCAAUACCCCCAGAGGAAGUUAGAUCCCAGGCAGAUAUACAUAAACCACAAUUGAAAAGAUUUCCAAGUUUAGAAAACAGAGAAAAUCAUCAUACUUUGAAAACUAAAUUGGCAUCUUUUCCUGGUGAAAAUGUUUCUGCACACCACAGUAUGUCCAUUAACUCAAGCAAUGUGUCUAGUCCUUCACAAAACAUGUCUAGUUCAUCACAAAAUAUGUCUAGUUCGUCUUACAGUAAUUUCAAUACUGCUGUUGAAGGCAUAGAAAAACUUGACUUGUCUCAACUUGAAAAACCUCCAUACUCCAGCAGACGACGAAAGAGUUUAUCAAACAGUCCUUCACAUGGAAGCCAUAAAAUUUCACCCCAUAAAAAAACCCAAAACACAAAUGGUGAACUAUAUGAUGCUGAUGAUGAUGAUUCUGACUCAUCAAACACAAAAAAUAGUAAAUCUAUUACACCUACCAAACCAAGCAAUGGAAACAAAAAACCUGUAAUCAUUCCUUCACCAGACCACUAUGAAGCCAAAGAAAUACUCUUAGCUGUCAAAUUACCAAUUAAUGGUACACGCCACCAGCGUUUCUUUCACACCAAUGAGAGGCUGCGGUCCAUUGUGGAGUUUGCAGAGGAAGUUGCUGGUCAAGACUUUGGUGGCUAUGUUUUGGUUUCUAGUGCUCCAAGAAUUUUAUAUACAGACUUACAUGAAACAAUAGCAGAAUCUGGCCUGCGAGAUAAAUCUGUUCUGCAUUUAGAAGAGCUUGAUUGAUUCAAUGAAAUAUUGGAAUUAGCAAUAUUGUUAGGAAGUUUAACACCAGAUUUACCAUAUAUGAAGCCAAAAAAAAUACAAACGCUUUCUCAGAAAUAUUUAUUUGAAAUAUGCGUUCAUUAUUCGUUAUGAUGGAAGGUCAAAUUGUUAUGGUCAUUUUUAGAUAUGUUAAGUUGCAUUAUGUUAUCAACUGCUGAAGUCAUUUCUUUUGUGAUGUUUCAACAUUUUUGAUAAACUGUGAUAACUUUAAUGUAUGCAUCCAUAAUCAGACAAUGCAUGUUUUUUUCAGGCGCAUCAAAAAGUUAAUGGUAAUUAGUAUAGGUAGGUGCAAGUCAUUCAUGUUCAGUGGCUAAAACCCACUAAUAUUUGCCUGUUUGAUAGCCAUAAGCUGGAAAAAAUAUAUAUUUCUUCUUUUAACUCUUUCUCUCCGUAAUUAUUUACACAUUCUGGUGGAAUCAACGCUGGUAUCGUCAGUUGGGAGAGAAAGAGUUAAGUCAGUUUAGUAUUUAUUUUUAAUGCUCUUUUAUUUUAGUACUUUAUUGUAGGUUAAAAUGCCACUUAGUUUGGGUAAUUUAUAAUUGGAAUCUAUAUGAGCAGUUUAAAAAUGUCUCUGUAAAAAAAAACAACACUUAAUGAAUAUGAUGCAUGAAUAUAUAAUGCGACAUUUGAAGGAGCGUGUGUAAUUUAUUAAGAUUAGAUGUGUGCCUUACAAAGUGAAACAAUAAUGCUUUAAACAAAAUUUAGAAUAAAGUUAAUUCACUGCUAAAAAUGUAUCAUGUGACCCUGUUGACCCAGCUGCCACUUUCAUAUUCUGACACAUGUGAUGCAGACAAAGAAGUUGUCCACAAGAGAUCUAAUUAUGUUUUCUUUCUCCAAUCUUCUGCAAGGGCUUUUCUUUGGGUCUCAAAUGUGUGACUGCCUUUAAGGUGAAAGAAAAUGUUUAUAUAUUUAUUUAUAUUGCAUUUGAGUGUUUAUAUAUUUCUAUGUAACAAAUACAAAGCCAGUGACACUAACUGCUCAGUGUGCAGUUGAAUAUCCUGGGCUCACAAAGGUCUCAGCAGCCACGUGCAGGUACAAAACCCCAGCACAAAGCCCUUAGCCUCGUGGAUGACAAAUGUGGUCAUCAUUGAACCACAAUGGUUAUGCCUGCACUGGAUGUGGUAAAAUAUGUCACAGCUGAGGUUGCAUAUCCACAGGAAAUUUUUAUAUAUAUAAGAUCUUAAUAGGAAAGAUAAUGAUUAUUAAAGUUUUAUGUUGUUCUUGGACCAACUUUUUAAAAAAAUUUUGUUUUAGAAGCUGUAAAUAUUGCAUAAAUUUUUUUUAUAAAGCUAUUUAUUUUUCCAGGUAAUUUAGAUGUGUCAAAGAAAUAUUCAUUUAUUUCUUUUCUAAUGAUGGUAUUUUAAAUAAAAUUUAUGUAUUUAGAUUUAAAAAAAAAAUAAUGAUGAACCAUUUAAAUUCUUUGAUUUUAUUUUUAAAAAGUCUCCUACAAAACUAUUUUUUAAAAUGGUUAAAAAAUGCAUUUGUCCAUUGCCAUAGGCAACCAAUUAUUUGCUUCACAAUACUUCUUUCUAUAAUUGACUACAGAUUUCUGUUUAGCAUUUGAGUAUUUAUUUGUAAAAGUUUGUACUGAAUGCAAUAUAAGAAUUCAAAUAUUAGACUUUUUUUAAAAUCAGAUCAACACACUUGUCUUACACAACAUUAGUCAACUGGGAUUCUGAAAUGGAACACAAUUUUACUCACCCUGUUUUGUACAAAUGCCAAAAUUACUUUUUAAAAACUAUGUUGUACACAGAUGACCAUGUUCAUGUCUUUCUUUUAUGUAGUCUAUAUUUUGAAUAAACCAUUUCUGAUUUUCUGUUUA